AUUGCCGCCAAAUACUCUAUCCGCCUUAGUAGCCGAUAUCGGGCGAAAAUCAAACUGUGACAAGUAUUUUAAUCUUAUCUUUGCCUCAACAAUAAUCUUUAAAUGAGUAUUGAAUCAGUAGUCACAGAGUUGGCAAGAGUCAGUGUCGUUUAGUUUACGUAGUGAGAAUGGCUAUUUGAAAACGAAAAUGGAAGAAGUGAAAAGUGGAACGCGUUUACCUUUUUUGAGACAAUGUUUUGUGACGGCGGGUGUCGUCAUAAAUAUCAGUGCUCAUGGCGCCGUCAUUGGUUUCUCAGCGAUACUCAUUCCCAGCCUUCGUACAUUAGACUCGCCCAUCAAAGCUACCACUGCACAGGAGUCAUCUAUUGCAUCUAUAAUUGGAAUAGCGCUUAUCGUCGGCAACCUCAUCAUGACUUGGAUGAUGAGUAAUUUCGGACGCAAAACGGCCCAUCUGGCUACAAUUCCACCUAUCUUGAUUGGGUGGUUCGUUAUCAUCAUGGCGAACAGUGUAGCCUCACUUAUUGCUGCAAGAUUCCUCCAGGGAGUAUCCAUGGGAAUGCUCGGUCCCCUAGGUUCUAUAAUAGUAGCUGAGAUGACCCAUCCAAAAAACAGAGGGGCAUUUCUGACACUCAUCUCGUUGUCUCUCACAAUUGGAGUACUACUCUGCCACUCGCUAGGAACGUAUUUGACUUGGCAGCAGUGCGCGUUGGUUUGCUCAUUCAUAACGUUUACUAGUUUACUGAUGAUAAUAUUUUCACCUGAAUCACCUUCUUGGUUAAUCUCACAAGGGCGGUAUGAGGAAGCCGCAAAGGUUUUUAAGUGGUUAAGAGGCGACGGACAAGAUAACGAUGAAUUGGAGAGCAUGAUGAAAGCUCAGCAAAUGAUAAGAAAGUCUAGUGUAGACGGAAUAAAACUACCACUGUCGUUAAAGGUGACACGAGCUUUGCGAUAUUUUACGAGCACUAUUCAGAAGCCAGAAUUCUUCAAACCUAUUAUCAUUAUGAUGUUAUUAUACACGAUGUUUCAGUUUUCUGGUAUUAACGUCAUCAGUUCUUAUGCUAUAGAUAUCAUUAAGGACGUAGUCGGUCCAGAAGCUAAUGCUGAAAUGCUAAUGGUAGCACUCGAUAUCGAGAGAUUGAUAUGUAACAUAUUAGCAGUAUUUUUGAUGAGAACUCUGAAAAGAAGGACAGUUUUGUUUGGCAGUGGCUUCCUUUGUAUACUGUCUUACGUGACGAAAGGAGGAUACGUUUAUGCAAAGCACAAUCACAUGUUGCCCUCGAGGAUACAAGGUCAAUGGUUUCCACUAAUGCUAAUAGGCAUUUACAUGUUUUCUUUGACUGUUGGAAUAUCUUCAAUACCUUUCGCCAUUUCGGGAGAGAUAUUCCCCUUGGAGUAUAGGGGUUUAGGUGGUGGUUUGAGUGUUUUACCUUUGUCAUUAAACUUUUUUGUGGCUGUGAAAUGUUUCCCUGUAUUGAGUGAUGCAGUUACUUUACCUAUAACUUAUUGGUUGUACGGUGGCAUUGUCACUGUAUGUUUAUCGAUCCUGUAUUUCAUGUUGCCUGAGACGAAAGACCGUACGCUUCAAGAGAUCGAAGAUACAUUCCGAGGAUUAAGCCCAGCAGAUAGAAGAGUCUCCGAACCUCUCAAUAGCAAAAAUGGUGCAGAAAUGAUGCGAAGAUGUAGUUCACAUAUACUUUAUUAGGUCAAUUUCAAUACCAAUGUAAUAAAACUUAACUUAUAACAUAUAUUAUUACUAGAUAAAUUAAAUGGUAAUUUGAGUAUGACAAUAAUACUUUUUGUAAGGUGUAUAUACACAUUAUUUGUAUGAUUAUAUUAAGUAAGAACGUUUAAGAAAGCAUAAUGUACCUAAUAAUACUUAAAGUCGGUGUCUGUGAUGUGUUAUAAUUUAUUAAAUUAACCAAUUAAUUGUAAUGAUGUUAGAAUUACUAAACGUUUUGUAAGACAAAUCUCAAUAAAAAUACAAUUUAUGUAUUUACGUUUUAAUUAUGCUUUACAGUCACAUGAAACAUCAAAUGUGUAAGUUUACAAUUGAAAUCAUGGACAGUGUAAUAGCCAGUCCCGGAUCUAGAAUUCUUUCAAACGGGAUAGGAACAUGAUAGUGCAGCUCUCUCAUUAGCGUAUGCGAUACAUUAAAUAAUUCACACAUUAACAGUCAAUGAAUUGAAUAUUUAAAUAAUUGUGAAGGGAUUCAAUGAUUCUAGCAUCUCCUGAAAUUGCCGUUCGAGGUAGGUGGUCUUUUAAACUCGGCGCUUGAUCCAAUGAUGGACAUGGUAACAGUUGAUAACAGGAAUAGAUGAUAGAUUUAGUAAUUUUAGACAGACCACUGAAGACGAUGUAGAUACUUAUUGAAGUAUAGAGACGUGGUUCUGUUGAGACCAGCAACGCCAUCUUUUAAGAGAGUGGAAAAAUAUUUGCUUCCAUCUUGCCGUCGAUGACAUAUGACAAUCAGUGUCGUCACAAUGUGACAAAUGAAUACACUUUACAGUGCUUACUGCAACUAACAUUGCGGAUGCUUACAAUCUUUCUUUCCAUCUUGACCAGCUUCAAGAGCUGUUUGCAGUUCCUCAUCAGUCUUAUCUGCCUGUCACCCUCCUUCCACUUUUACCACUUCCAACAUCCUCUCGUGCUCACACGUGUUCUCGAUUUUCAUUUCACUAGAUACACCUUUAAAGUAGCAUUCGAUUUCAUAUAGGGUCUUGCCUUUAGUUUCUGGCAGUAGGUAAUAUAAGAAAACUCCGCAUAUACCCGUGAAAGCUCCGUACAAACAAAAAGUUCCGCUCACUCCAAUACUGGCAAAAGAAUUCGGGGCAGUUUUAACCACAACAAAGAACAUGAUCGACAAGAACAUUCCAGAUAUUCCGCUACCCAAGCUCCUGUAAGCCAGUGGAAAUAUUUCUCCUGCUAUCGCCCAAGGAAUUGGAAGAAUACCCAGAGUUUUUCCGAAAAUAUAUGUCAAUGUUGGUAUGACUGGAGUCCAUUUGUAAUCGUGAGGUAAGUAGCCGAAGUCACGGAGAUAAAGGAGAAGUGCUGUCAAGAACAAGGAGAUUACAGUUAUGAUAAUUCCAAGGAACAGAACCGUUCUCCUGUUGAGUUUGUUAACGACAAUACACGCUAACACGGCUGUGAUGAACCUCACCACGUCUACCAUCAGCAUACUCGUGUACGAGUCUAUACUGGCAGCUGUUACCUCAUUCAUCAUGGGCACGGUAUAGGAGGGGACUACUGUCAUACCAGAUAUUUGGAAAAGAAUAAACAUGAACAUCAUUAUUAGAGUUGGUUUGUAGAAUUCCGGUUUUCUUAAAAUGCUUUUGUAGAGCACCCAUUUUGACAUCUCUUUUACAAUUUCUUGUUUCUUUUGUGAGUUGAGGAGCACUUCCAAUUCUUUUUCUGAGGCGUAGUCGUAACCUCUGAACCAUCUGAAGGAUUUUCUGCAUUCUGCAUAAAGACCUUUGGAUGCUAGAUACGGAGGAGUUUCUGGGGUCAGAGAGAUUAGAAUAAGGGAUAAGGCAUAGAAGGCCCCGCAGGCUAUUCCAGCUUGUCGCCAGUACAGGAGGGUCCCGAAGAGGUGAGCUACCAGCAUCCCAGUAGCAAAAGAGAAGGCGAUGGUUGCCAGAAAGGCACCACGAUGCUUAGGCGCUGAGUACUCGGCGAUGGAGACUGGUGCUGAUGCAGCUUGUAGCCCCAUACCGAAACCCUAAAUAUAGAUAGAAAUAAAAGAUUACACAGAGUUGUUCAAUUUAUGAAAAUACGAGUAUAUAUUUGAUUUAUCUUAGAUUUAGAACGCAAUAUUUAUUUAUCUUAUAUAAAAUUAAUUUAAAAAAUUUGUCAGUCACUAGAUGACGAUAUUCCUAUAGGCAUAAGAGUUGUAAAUAUUUUAAAACAUUUUCUUUGAGAUAAAUAUUAACCAUCAUGUUCUUAUUGGUCGAUCACGCAGUGAUUAGUACGCUCGGUCUGCAAUACGGUUGUUUGCUUAUGGGACGGGUUAUCAAUUUUUUUAUA